AUGGCAGUAGAUCCUCUGCUUCCAUCCUUCAUCCUUCUCUUCGUCAGUAACACAGGGUUCAGUGCUGAGAUCUCUGUGUUUGUGCAGACGGGAGCUUCUGUUCAACUGGAUAUACAGACACAAGAACUACCAGAGUUUGAUGAUUUAUACUGGAAAAAUGAUAAAUCAGAGAAUAUAGUUAAAUAUACAAGUGAAUCUAAAAAAGAAAAACGUUACUCUUCCUACAAGGACAGAAUGGAUUUCAAUAAUAAAACCUUCUCUCUGACUCUGAAGAACAUGCAGAAGACAGACAGUGGACUCUACACAGCAAUAGUAGCUGCAGAAUCAGACAACAACAUUGUUACAUACAGAGUAUCUGUUAUAGAUGCUGUGGAGGCUCCUGUCCUGACUGUGAACUCAAGCGGAUCUAGUGAUUCCUGUACUGUCAGUUUUACAUGUAGAGGUCAUGACUUCACACUCAGCUCCACUUUUGUAUAUGGCAGCUGCUCACGAGAGGAAGUGACAUCACAGAUCAACACUCUCAUCCUGUUCUGCAGUGUGGAAGCCAUCAUCUGUAACCAUAGCAACCCUGUCAGCUGGAAAGAAGACAGAAUAAACAUCACACAGCUCUGUGAAGAGAAUGAAAUAACACAAAUGACGACAAACUCCUACGGUUCAUCUUACAUGACUGGGCUGAUUAUUGUGUUUGGUAUUGUGGGAGUGAUAUUGUUUGCUGGUUUGAUUCUUUACUGUUACUGCAAAAAUAAAAAAGGUGUCAAACAGGCUAAAGAUACAGACUACGAUGAUGUUGAGACUCUGACCCAGAAGAUGACAGGAGAUACAUGGACCACUGUUACCUACCGUACAGUAGGACAGUAGUACCUUCAUCUGCUCAUCAUGACUGCUGAAGCUCAGACUGAACUGAGUUAAAAACACUUUGAUGAUUAACUGGACUCACAAAUGGAGCUUCAACUCUAAAUCUAGCUUACUUAAUGACUCUUGUUGGAAAUUUACAGGCUCUCUUCAGUCAGUUAUUGCAGAAUGCUUUAGUAAUGUAGUCAUGCACAUUGUGUUUUUAUGCUAUUUGAAUUUUCCUUUCUUGGCCAGGAUUUUCUUGAACAAGAAAAUUUAAAUGUAGUAUUAAAAAAAAACUCUCCCCUGGAUAAGUACAGGUUAUAUUUUAUAAUACUUU